AUGAAUGUGGGCAAUAGCUGUUUGCAGCUGAAGGAAAAAGUGGAGAAGAUUGGCAGCGACUUGGACACUGUAAUCCUCCGACACUUCAGGAGCACUAUUCGGAAGAUCCAGGCCCAUUAUCCGGAUUUUGCCGUCCCUGACUUCUCUUUCGAGCUUAGUUCACAAACAACAUGUUCAGUAAGUACAAACCCACCAGGUUUUAAGACUUGCAUUAUUGGGCAGCUUUAAUAUGUUGUAGAUCUCAAAAUUGACUUGGUUUUUGACCACAUGUGGGCUCUGUAGUUCCCCUCUUCCACGGUACAACGGAAUCCUUCACCAAAAGCAUAGCUCCACUGCCCAUAAAUUCAGUUCAGACUCGAAACAAGUUAAUUGCAGAUUCCCAUCUCUUGGUGUAUUUGUGCAGCAAAGGACGAGCGGACCAUCGUACCGCAAGUAUACAUGUGCUGUCUUCAUUUUUCAUUGUCGAAUAGCUACUCGGUCCUUCAUAAAUGAGGCUACACCAACAGUUAGCUAUUUCAGACAAAAAGCCGCUAAUCAGUGUACACAACUUACCGAGCGAAAAUAAAAUGCUGCGACUUGAUCAUCCGAAAUGGUGCACCUAACUUGUGCACCAUAAAAACUGUUGGAUAAGAUUAUUUAUCAGACACCAUUUACUGGCCGCGAUGCAGUCCGCUGAACUGAAGCAGGGGCAUUCGCGUACGAACGCUAGCCAGACAUGGGGAGGUGAGACCACUUAUCACAAGUCACUAUACUCAUGCUUAACGCAGGACCCAGGUGAGACUGAGGAAGAACCCCCAUUGUCAGGCUACUCAUCUAGGGAAGGCCAUGAUUUUGUUGGCACAAUGCGUCAAACUGAAGCAUCAUCGAGCACGCCGAUUUGUUUGUCAUGUGCAAAUCUCCCCAAGCCAAAUUUGAGGGACACAGCCGGUUCCAAUGACUAUGCAGCAGACUCAUGUUGGCAUUAACGUCAGCUGGCCAUAAAGUCUUUACGUUGUUUUUUUUGCCCAUUUAUCAUAGUCGAGAUGAACCAAAGAACCGGUCUCAAGGACUUUCGAGUCUUGUUUACUUUUUAAAAUUUUUCAUACGUUGAAUAGGAAAAUUCGGAAUCCGCGGGGAAUUAUAUAUUUGUCUAACUUUACACUCGUACUUGGGACACAUGGACGUGACAAAUGCAUAUUAGAUAGGUCUCUCUUGAUAGUAUCUGAGUGACCUCGGCAAAUUUUUCGCUGGUCUCCCUUCGUCCUUGUGGUUGCGAACGACAGUUCGGGCUGAUGUCAAGUCAACUCGGCGGUUUAUCGGUUAGACUUUCGAUUUGCAUGCCUCUAUUAUUUUUCGGACAACCUCAUCUCCCACCCUGCCAUGCACUUGUCUGCUCUUAAAGGCAUGCUGAUGAUCGUCCUUGAGACUGCUCAUGGUGACAUGAGGAAGCACGUCCUUGCUUCUCACUGCCAGCUAAAACUCGUGCACUGUCACCUGCGGGAGUUUAUCGAUCACUCCAUUGUAGUUAGCUGGACAAUUUUAGCAAUUUUUUUAGUGGUUAACCUCUUACGCCUUUUGAUAAUACACGAUCAGUGGGUCUUCAAAUACCGGUCUGAGGCAACAAUCACCACCUACUCAUGCAUCCAAGGGCCAUAUUUCUCAGGAGGAACCUUUUACGCGAAUUUUCUCAACUUUUAUCUCUGGAAGUAGGUGGACCCCAGUCACAUAUUUCUUGGCUAACGAAGAUGUCUCCAGUGCUUAGAGGUAAUAGGACCAAAAAGGUUCAGCGCUUCCUUUUAACGCCCGUCAAGUCAGUCUUUUGACAGAUGCCGCCGUGGCAGUGGGGGGAAAACCAACAUUUUAUGUGUCAGUACUCCUGUACGGGUCUACAGUUGGUCCGGCCAUGCGUAUUCGAGGAAUUUUGUAAGACUAAAUAAUAGUGAUAUCCAUAAGACUCGGCCCUAUACCUGCAUUUCACUUAGAGGCUCACAAUAUCUAGAUAAACCACGAAGUUAUUCCCUGCGGCCCUCAUUGGCCAGAUCGUAUCCGAAUUUUUUUUACUCACGAGCGAGCAUUCUCCCCUACCGCGUUCCACUGGUGGGACAGCAAACCGACUAGGCAAUGAAACCUGCCUCUGGUGUUAGGGAGCGCAGGACGAAACUUCACUACGUUCGGAUGAAUAAGUCUGAGUUCAGCCAUCGUGAACGACGCCGUCCACUACGUGUUCCACAGCAGGGUGGGCGCAGGGAGGGUGACUUGCGCGUGAAUUAAUUUAAAAUGAUAGUAGACUUACGCCGCAUCUAUCGUACUCCAUCGCCCUUCUGGGCCCGGUGUCAAGACAGGAUGGAGAUGACCGGUGGCGGCAUCGAGUACAGUGGCUGACAAAGCUAAACCGCAUGUAUGCGCUUACCAUGGACCAGAUUUUCACACAAAUAGGGGGGAUUGCUUCGAUCCCACCUGAGUAGGAGUGCACUGGAGGCUCCAUUUAGAAGGAGCCAUUGUAGCCUGACACUACAUCCUGAGAGAACCGAGUUAUUCCGUCAGUUGACAGCAUUCUAAGGCACGAUUUUUAGAGCACCGUGGUAGUUUACAAGCGUCAGAUAGUUCAUAGUGAGGAAUAGGCGCGUGGUGCUAUGAUAACGGAGUCCCCAGUCAACCUCACCUAAAGGGUGGGCUGCUUGGAUCUCACACUCUAUAGUCCCACCGAGGACACCUGAAGAAGGAGUCCAGAACACGCCUCACACUUACGUGAGAGAUGUCUAAUCUGUUUUCGAGUUUGAUGAUGUGGGAGGGGUUCAUGCGUGGUGUGUGUUGAUGGGUAGACAUGUAGGGGAGUUUGGCGUCUAGUGUCUUACCGCAAAUUUUUAUGAAGACACAUGGCUGCGUAGGCGAAUGCGGUGAUUGAAUGUUCAUGGACAGUGUGAGCGGUUGGGGCGGGCUCGACAGAUGUAUGUCAGUGCUCCUGGCACUUGUUCAUCAGUCUCAGUGCAACGGAUUCACAAGUAACCAACUAGGCCUAUGCGUGCCAUAAAGGUGCGACCGUAGUGAGGACAGAUUCCGAGCAAGUCCACAUUUCCGGUAUUGAGGACGGUGGUUGGUGGGGUGUCGGGAGUCUUCUCAUCGGUGGUUGGAGUGGGGAUAUCAGUAGUCGUUGCUGUCGUCGAAGGGGAUGUAGCGGUGGUAACGGAGGUGGUAGUGUGCGUUAGCGGCAACGACGGAACGCCGGGAUUUUAAAUAUUGGUGAUGGUGAUCACCGUCGAGGGCACUGUGGUGGUUGCGACAGGGAUGAUGGUGAAGCCGUUUCCGAGUGCAGUAGAAGGUGUCGUGUUGUUUCAUUGGGUCCCAGGAUGUCCGACGAAGUUGAUCAGCUUACGCAAUGCCCGUUUACAGCAUGCACACAUUGAAAGUGGUGGAGUGUAGGGAUUGAGGGUCUGCGGUGUUUAGGACUUACCGGCCACUCUUCUGGUUGUGACAGCGGUGACACGAUUGGCUUCGUAAAUUGCUGCCCCAGUCUUCACUGCUCUUCUAUAAGCCCGUCGACCAUGGGCAAGGUAUUCAGGUAUUCAGGUUGAUUUGUAAGUCCCUAGGGUAGGUCCGUAGAGUGUCCCUGUAGCGUCAUCAUUCCCUCAUGGGCAAUCAUCCAUAGAAGAGUCGUUUGGGUAGAAGUUCUCAGCGAUUUCAGGCUGAACCUCAUAGCUGGCCAAAGAUCUGGUUGGCUUUAGAGAUCCAAUGGGCCUCUUCGUCGUCGACCCCGAAAUUCCGUAAGAUUAUGCUGUCUAGGAGUGCGAAGUUGUCGACAAUGGGGAGUUGGGCUGCAUUGACGGUGAUGUGGGGUUCUCCAAGUGCAGACUCCGCCUCAAUUGUUGGCAGUCACAAAUUACCCUCUGACAUACCAGUUUGUUCUUCCCCUUAAUUAGCUUCCGAUUUUAUUAUUUGCUGCCUAUUAUCUUACUGCCUUCCAUAAGUUGACGAUCUAUGCCACGUUAGGAGUCGGAUUUGUGGCAGACUUUCAACUGUGGUAAUUCCGACCGGAGGCAAGACCUACAUAACUCCAUACUGUCGCUUGCCGAUAUUUUAUCUAAAUAGUUUCACAAAACAAGUCGGUUUCGAGAGGUAAUUGCACACACUGGACUUCUGCCGUUUAUAUUUGUUUAGUAUCAUUAUGAGAGGGAUUGGGUGAAAAGAUGGGCAGCACGUGAGCAUAAACGCGAUCUUUGUUUAUGACAUUCUUGCGGGAUAGAGCACUCGAUUGAGCAUAACAGAACUGUUUUGCUGUGGUCGUUGAAAGUAUUAGGCGUUCAUAUAGUGCUCAAGACUUGCAGCUUUCUUGAGUUGCUUUAGGAAUCUCGAGAAUUUAUGGGUUUCUAGCAGUUCUUCGUUGAUUGUUGGGCUUUGUAUUAGCUCAGGCCGCCCCCGCCCACUUGAUAAAGUUGAGCAAAGUUAACCACCCUGCCUCCGACCCAGCUAACAAAGUUUCAUCUCAACCCGAAGUCGGCUGGGGUCUCUUGCCUUUUUUCUGCAGCAUGUAGUGGAAAAAGUAGUCCUGCUUGGGAUUAAAAGAAGAAGCACAUUAACGACGGAUGUGUGUUCUGUACAGUACUUUCACAUUCUGAUCCGUCCACAACUCCGCAUCCGAAGAGGCCUGCCAUCCCCUCCCCCAAUGAGGCGUGUGCGAGUGAAUAAAGAGGUGUCGGCAAUUGAAGAUCCACUGUUAGCUGCUUGGUGCUUGUAUGAACGAUUGCGACAACGAUAGAGCGCGUCCUGCCUUAGCUUGCAUGACCUGCCUUCUUAACUUGCUCCAUAUAUCCAUGCAAAAGUGCGAAAGUAUCAAUCUCUCUGGCUCCUUCCUGGUCUCCUACUUACCUCUCAUGACAAUCAUUUCGAAGUGAUGCUACUUUCGUUGCCUGCACACACCUUAUUCGGAUUUGUUUUAAAUGAGACUAUCCUGUUUUUUUUUAGCGAAUCGCUGAGGACGAGGAGAUGAAGGAUGUCGUCAGUUCUACUCCCCAAGCAAACACUACACUUAAGAGAAGCGCAUCAAGAGGGAGUAGAGCAACUGCAAUGGAAUCAGUCUCCAAGGCCAAAAAGACCCGGGUGGAGACUUCGUCUCCGACACAGCCUUCGUCUACGAAUCUCGAAGGUCUGAAAACUCCGCCCGCGAGGGAGUCCAUCUUAAAGAAGGCCGACGCCGCACCACCUCAAUCCAACCAAUAUGUACGUGUCAGUCACUUUGCAGUGCAUCCAUUCCAGGGAGAUAUUUGACAACCUGCCCAUUUUGCUCUCUCAUGGGACUGGUUAAGGAUAGUUUAUGCUUGCGACCUUGUCCGGAUAAGUAGUCCAUUUCAGGGAUUUGUGUUGGAAUUUGAGUUUCUCUUUUUGGUAGAAUAGUUUGACUCUUGCUACAUGUCAUUAUUGACCGUUAUCCUGCCUCCUUAACUGUCAUCACUUAGAUAUAGCCUACGGAACUACAGAAUUCGAUCGAGUCUGUCUCCUCGGCUUUUUUAACGGGUAGCCACCAUACCUGUUCCGUACGGUCAAUGACACUUGACUGGAUCCGGACCAAUACUGUGGUCAGGAUUCUUUAGUUUUGCAGUUGUCAUCCGUUAGAUAGUACGCUCUAACGAAUACUUGACCUGCGUCACCUUACGGAAAAGAAAUCCUCCUAAGAGUUUCUUUGUUAAAUACAGUUUCUGCUGUGGAGGUGGUUUAAACAGUGCACCAUGAACCCCCUUUGGUGAUUCCUGUCAGAGAAAGCACCAGCUCCGACAUCCUGCUGACCUUCUAAGUUCUCCUUGCAAUUUGUCCAAUGCCUUCCUCACGCCAUUGCAUAAGUUCUAACCAUCCGUAUCAACGUGCAGUCUUCGCCAUCGGCGGUAGCCUACAUGGUAACAAAAAGUGUUUAGAUCACAACUACUGCUACAGUGGAAAAAAGGUUCGGACGGAUCCAUUUGCAUUUUACUGUGCCAAUAACCUUCACCCCUCUAAUCCGUUUAGCAUUAAGACCAGGUUGACAGUCUGACUUCCAAUAACUAUGCAUUUAUCCACUUUGUUGUUUUGUAAAAAAGAAUAACACACAAGCGUGUCUUGUACUUGUUUUCUCACAUUAAUGCAAAACUAGGCAAUAAAACUCCAGACAUCAUAUUCUGCCUUAAAGAUAAAUAACCCUAAUGCCUCUGUAAUGCCUUACUGUUACAUUAGAAAACUCCUGCCAGGAAAACUCCCUCUGCAACUGCGGCUCCCGUCCUAAACCAGACAUACAAGAAACCCAAACCGCCGACGAAUGCUGCUGCGCCUCUCACAAACCUUGUGUCUCCGACGGUGGCGUUAUUUGGAGAUGCACAACAACACAAAACCUCCACAGUAAUUGCAUCCCCAGUGGUACGGCCUCCAAAAAAAUCUAUUCAAAAGGUAUACUGACUGGUGCGAAUGCCCUUAAUUCGCCUUUUCACGUGGUUUGUCGCUCACAACCCUAUGCCAAUUAUAGUGGCCUUUUUGCCUUAAACGGUCUCAGGUGUUGGAAAGCCGUUACUUCGUCCUAUGCCUAGACGUCUUCGUUCUUGCUGCUAUCGCGGCCAGCAUGCAGAUGACAGCCCUCUCAGAUGGCAGUUUAAGGUCACUAACGAGAACUCCGAUUUUAACUGACCACUUCCUUUUCGGCAUGCAACUCGUGGAUGGUUAUUCUUUAGCCCCUUCGAUGUAAAUUCAGGCCUUCAGGGCCCGGCACUUGACCAAAACCUUACUGUCCUGACUGCGGACCAUCAGUCCUGUUUUCUCGCUAGUAUUAUUUUACUGCUGAAAAUCCUGACCCACUUGCCUAAACUUUACCAUCAAUGAACCCACCAGCGUUAGCCAAUUCUUCAUGCUGCCCUCAUUCUCACAGACUCCGACUGUUGUGCCACCGCGGUCGAGCCGGGUUUCCGCGGCCAGUAUAAUGACUGAGGACAGCGAUGCUGGUGGAAAGCCUUCGGGAGGGAGAACUGACGAGACGUUGGAAGCCUCCUCUCUGCCCGCCGUAACUCCACCUCAGGAUGUUCCUCCUACUUCCGUUCCAAGCGCCUCCAAGGUCCAGACUGCGCAGGCUGUGGGUCUUUUGCCUACAACGGCCACCCCGCAGGUGCCCUGGUCUGUUGGCGCACAGACGUGGCUCAGCCGUCUGGGUUGGUUGAAGUCGGCCAGUAAACCCACCGCCAUCACUGCCGGUGCCGCCUCGUCGCUGUCAGAUGUGCCAGAGGACAAGAGCGGGCCUGUGCACUCCCGGCAACCGACAUCCGGUCAACAAACAGCUCGCCUGGAUCUCCCGAAGACGCAGUCAAGGCUGAACUUAAAGAACACCUAUACCACUCCCCGCCAAAUCCUAGCCAGUAAACGUCUGCCUACUACCCUAAAACAGGGCUAUCGACCAAACACGGCUAGGCCAGUUGAGGAUGGUACGUCCGGCAGUCUCCAUGGAAUUUCCCCCUCUUAA